GUCUUUCUGUGUUGGGAACAAGAGAGGUACCCUUUGAUUCCCCGAGCCCGUGUUUGCUGUGGAACAGCAUGGUGUUGGCACUCUUAUUUCGUGUCUGGUACUAGUGUUGCUUUUGCACUAACGAGUUUUUCUUCCUUCUGUGGUUUGUUUCUAUUUUUCCCCGUCUUGUACACAGGUUCGAGUUCUUCUUCUUCUUCAUUCUAAGACACCUCUUUCAUCUGCAAAAAAUGUCGGACGAUAUCGAUGAAAUUUGGGCGGCCAUGAAGGCCGAAGCGGCUGUGAAGCCAACGAAAAAUACCUCGUUGCCACAGUUUCAGAAGACCAAGAAAAAACCGGGGAACGAAAAAAGCAAGUUUCAGCUACAGGGUGGGUACGGGAGCAUCGCGAAUUCGCAAAGCGCGAGCAAGCAAGCAGCUUCGUUGUCGUGGCUCGCAAACUACGGCAUCGCGAAGAGCAACUCGAGCACUAGCAGCAGCAGCGGCUCCGCCGGUAGGCAGAAAAGCUCCCACACGGCGGGAACUGGCGGGGCAAGUAGUUCUACCGCAGCGAGCACAGACGCUGAGCCUGAAACCACAACAUCUACGUCGAGCGACGUGGGUGACGCGACGUGCAGCCUCGAGCAGUCAUACGAGCCGAUCGCGGAAAAUGUGCCGCUGGAUUCUCCGGAAGCGUUUCUGGCACACCUGCAACGAGAUGUGAAUGUGUUGGACAGUGGCAGCGAGGUAGAUUUAAAAACGCGACUGCGGGCGCUGAAGAAGCUGGAUCUGCUGAUCAUCCAAAACCAUGCGAACCUGCCCACGGACAUCCUCGACUGCGCGCUUGAGGAGUUGUCGAAGCCGCUGCUGAAACGGCUGCAGCGCGAUUCCGCGGAGAAGAUUCGCGAGAAGUCCUCCAUCAUUCUGAAAACGUUGGUUGAGUGCGCGCCCGCGGAAACGGUGGGAAGCGUACUGCGGUACGUGAUUCCGAUUCUCGUUUCCAGGCUGGGUGCGGAGGAUCUGGACGGGGUCGCCCACCUGCCGCCCGUGAUGCGCCCCAACCCAGAGCAACGGCCGUGCGAGAUUCGCACGCCCGCGGAACCCAGCGAGGAGGUGCGCCUGCAGUUGGCGCUCUUUAUCCAGGCCUUCGUGGAAAGGAUAAGCACACAGCAGGUACUAAUUUCCAUCUUCGUUUUUUCAUGCAGUGGCAGAGGUACUUACUUCUUUUUCAGAAAGCGGCCACCGAUAUUCUACCGAUGCCAGUGAAACAUAAACAAGUUUAGGCCAGAGAGACGCAAAAUUUUGAAUGACCCACCCGCGGGUGGAUCAUGACAAGUACCUCCCAUAGGUUCUGUGUUUCGUGGACGAGCUCUGCGGCCUACUACGCGCGUUGUGCAUGGACCCCUACGCGGGCGUGAAGCAGGUGGGCUGCGAAACUCUGAGCACCUUCUGCUACAACCACCACGAAGUGCUGUUGCACUUCACGGAGCCGCUGGGGCGGUCCGUGACGAGCUCGUUGGUGCACAACCACUUCAAGCUCCGCAUCGCGGCGCUGCAAACCUUGACCGCGGUGUUGCACUGCGGAACGUGGAAGCACAACCACGAGGUCUUUCAGCUCCUGGUCGCGUGGAGCGACCCCAACUCCGUGCCGAUCAAGUCCUUCUACUAUUACAAGGAAAAGUCCCCCGGUCCCAUAUAACAAACUGAGUUUCUCAUGCUAGAUUUGCGUACACAAAGGAGGCCUGUCUUGCUGCAAGGAACUGCAGCGAGAUUCUUAGCCGGUUUAGGGACGUAAGGGUCUAGCUGUUUAGCAUGGGAAGCGCCUGCCCUGUAGGCCCGCUCCUCCAUAGUACGGCGGUUGCCGCGGCGUAGUUUGCCUUCUUGCAACACAGAUCUGUGGCCACAAAUCUGCAUCACGUUAAGUGUGGGGAGGGGAGAUUUUUCCCCACGAUAUGUACGAACACGUCACCACCGUGAACUACUUUUCGUCGCUCACUUUCGACCGGCACCCCGCGGUGCGGCGGUUCUGGUUCGAGACGCUGGCCUAUCAAAUGUGUUUGGGUCUGGAAGGUUGCAACUUGUGAUGCUGCAUUUGGAUGCUAAAAAGAACUGUAUUGCGUGAACAGCAAGAGGAUUCAAAUUUGGCUACGCGGAGAGGGCAUUUGUCAUGCAGGAUGCGCAUCGAUAGGCGCUCAAAAAAUCUGUGAUGCUAUGGCAUACAUCACAGACAUCAUGGAUCAUGGAAAAUGUGCAUGUGUAUGUUUUUCGCGGUUCUGACCCUAGAUCUCUUGCGUCCGAAGCUGCUUGCGGCGACGGUGCAAAGGUUUUCGAUGUGGCGCAGUCGGGUAUGCAUGACAAAUUUCUCCUGUUCCAGACCCAGACAUUUUUACAUUUGAUAUGGCCUACUGGCUGUUGCGCCUGCCCGACCACGUCGACCACGAGCCGCACAUAUUUCCGUACCUCUUGUCGGGCCUAUACGACGAAAAUGAGGACAUCGCCCUGGAAACCUUCUGGUUGCUCGAGGCCUGCGGCGCACAGUACGAGGUGGACAACGAGAAAGACUUGCGGGAAAAAAAGCAGUACGGGCUCGACGCCGCCUGGACCUACAAGGGCAAGGUCCUGGUCCCUUUCCCGCUGCAGGGCCGGUGGCGCAGCGACAUCCGCCAGCGAACGCAGCCGCAGGGGCCGGAUUUUCAGGGUAAGCGCGCGGAGGAGACACGACCGGCCGACCUGGACGUCGGAAGAGGGGACUCCGAGGAGCACAUCGUGGAACUGCCAAAAAGAGAGUAAAAGUUUACUUUCGAUUGUAGACUGAAUAUUGAAAGUUCACCCUCUCGGACAAUCCAUGUGCUUCGACAAUUAAUUUUUAGUUUACUGGUGAAGUAGCACAGUAUAUAAAAGGGAUCCAGUUUCUUAGGAGAAAGAUCAAAAUCUGUGAACUUCCGCAAGACUUUAUCGGACCCUUCGCACGCUCUUCAUUGCGCUGGGUUUUUUGAUUCUUGCAAAAGUAACGCGUUGUUUACUACACUCUCCGACCCACGCUUCGGAGCGGUGUUAUGCUACAGCGCUACAACUUCUCCCUUUCUCUCUCUCAGAAAUCAGGUCAGAAACGACCAGUGUGAUCCUUAUUCUUCCCCGAAAACACCAGCUACUCGUGGCAUUACCUGGACUGUCUUUACGUGUCGCAGCGACUGCCACGGCCACGGUUGGGCGCGCGCAUGUGGGUGCGGACGCACAUUCGUCGAUUCAUCAAGGCAUUGUUUAACAACGUGCUGGACUUCAGGGAGUGCAACAUGCUCAAUGCGUCGCGCCUGCUGACGAUGUGUGUCGCCUACGCCGAAGACAACAUCACCGAAUGGUUGAGCAGCAUUUCGGAGGCGCUAAUCAAGUACAAAUUUUCUCGCUUUGCUAAUCCUGCACCCGCUCGGUUGCUGUUCGUGUGCAUCAUGCUUGGUUUUGUUUGAUCGGAACUCGUGGCAGAAAUUAUUGGAAAAGACAAAAUGGCUGUAAAACUAAAUUCAGAUUCUAUUCCGGAAAAGCGUACCUAUCCGGUUCCGCCGAAUUAGCCGCCAGUUACGACUUGAUCGGCAAAUUGAUUGGGAGCUACGUCGAGCCCAGUACGAUCUGGCUGCAGUACGAAGACAGCUUUUCGAUCGACACGGUGUGGUACCUGGAGCAGCGGCUGGCUGUCUUUCAUCUGCUAACCCGCAUGUUGGACGGAGGGAUCACAUCUCUCGAAAAGUUUUGGUUGACGGAAAAGAUGAACUCACACACAGCAUCGACACUCGGGCAUUUGGAGGCUGUGGUCCCGCCUCUGAUCAAGAAGCUCGGGGACUGCGACCUGAUUCAGGAUCCGUGCAACAGCGACGGGCUGCCGGUGGCCGAGACCAUGUGGAACCUGGUCGUGAUGGUGGCGCGGCUCGGUCCGCAAGCCUUGAGCCGAGAGCUGCGGUGUAAGCUACUCGUUCUCGCGGUCGCGCUGGUGGCGGGUUUGGAGGAGUACAGAAAAGCAACCACCAUGGAGGAGAUCCAAGAGUUGUCGGAGCAAAUGGAUUUGAGCAAAGACGGCACUGAGGGAGGAGCAGGAACAACGAGAACAAAAUUUCCAUCUACUGCGACACCAGCUGCCGGACCGGAAUUCUUCGAAGCAAACUCGUGUCCGCUAACGCACGAGGGCAAGACCAAAACGAGAAAAUCUGCCAGCACGCCGUUGGAGAAGCUGCUUCGCGUGAGCACGUGGCUGGAGGUCAGGGUGGACGACGUGGAGGAGGAACUCGUGGCCUUCACGAAGCACAACUUCGCGUCGUUUCGCGCCUUCUGUCGGGUGCUGCCGAUCCAGAAGAUCGUCCUUUGCAAGCCGAUCGCGGUCGGGCUGCAGAACUUCGCGGACCCCGGCGAGGAAAGCCAGACCCGGCUGCAGGCCCUGCGGCUGGCCGCGGACCUGCUCCAGCGCGAGGACUGGUACUACCGAAACCGAGGCGCAAAUACGGCAAGCAAGGUCGUCGUCAAGCUGGACAUGGACGACAUCGACACCGAUGAGAGCUACGCGGAGGGGAAAUACGAAAUGGAGCGCAAAAACUUCAUCGCCAACAUGUUUUCCUGCUUCACUCCAGUUUUGGAGAACGCGACCAAGAGCCCGCCGGACAAACCCAAGAAGAUGCCCAAGACAUUAGACGAAGUCAACAAAAAAAUCGGCGAGCAAGCAGCGGCUGUUGCCGCACUGGCGGACGGGCACGCGGCCGCGCCGGGAAAAGUCGCGGAUGGCGCUUCGAAAACGUCAGAGGAAGAGGUCGAAGUGGUACCCGAGGAUCCGUACAUUGAGGAGCUGGACGAAGAUGAGGACGACAUUGUCGUGGAGGAAGUAAGUGAGGUCAACACGCAAGAAAACUCUUCGCUGCUACCCGCCGAUGAUGAGGAGCAGCAAGAAGUUACUACAACAACAUCGUCUACUACUAACACGGUUCUCGUGCAAACCACGCCUUACUUCGUGCUGGCGCAGUCGCUGUCGGUGCUCCGCACACUGGUGAUAUCCAAGUUCCAGGAUGUGGAAACGGUGAGCACGGAGAACAAGGCGUGGGAGGUGGAGAACCUCUCGGACUGUUUGAAUCACUUGCCUGCCACAAUUUUACACUGCCUCGCUGCGCUCGUGUGCGUAUGACAAUGCACAACUCCCCCUCCCCCUCAUUUGUCAUGCAAAAUACCCAAUCCGCCCUUUGUCUCUUGGCACUGUUUGCAUGACAAGUUCUGGUAGCCCAAAUAGCACUACACUCCAGUGCAAAUUUGUCAUGCAAAACCGGCACGCUUGCUGAUGCUUGUAUAGCAAUCAUGCUAUACAAAUGAGGGGGAGGGGGAGUAGUUGUGCACCGUCAUACUGCGACGUCGAGUACUACAAACGAGUUGCUCGGUCUUUAGAGCAGCAGGAGCGGAUCAACAUGAACAAAACAGAUGAGGACGACUUGACCGCCAUGAAGAUGAAGGAAAUUCGGGAGACGUCCCUGGAAAAGGCGACGCAAGCCCGGCUGAACGCGGCGGAAAUCUUGUUCCUGCUUCUGCGAUAUCAAAUGUAAAAAUGUCUGGGUCUGGAAGAAUGCAUGUUUGUCAUGCUUGUCUGGCAUGACUAUUAAAUCUGUCAUGCACGUUGCCCAAGAGCCGCAUUUUUCUGUCAUGCGGAGACGCAAUUUGUCAUGCAGAAUAGGCAACACCUACAAGCUCAGAAAUUUGUCAUGCUGAGCCAGCACUUGUGUCCUCCUCAUGCUACGCCACUCAGCAUCACAAGUUUCCAGACCCAGACAUUUUUACAGUUGAUAUGCGAUCCAAAUACCACACAAACUGCGUUGCAACCGUGGUGAAGGAGAAGACCUCCACAAUAUCAAAAGGAAAAAUCCCCCCUCCCCAUAUCAAAACGAGGUCUCUGAUGCAGGAUUUGCGUACACAAAUAAGAUUUGUCUUGCUGGAGAGGAAUGCAGCCCCAUACUAAGCCUAAGUAGAGAGGUUCUGGCCUAGGCGUCUAGCAUGAGAAACGUCCGUGCUGUAGGCCCAUCAGCAUCACAAACCGCCUGCACAAUGCUGCGGAGCUUGUCGAGUUGCCUUCUUGCAAGACAGACGUGAUUUGAGGUCUCAAAUCGCUUGCCGACGCUGCUUCGGGGGUAGACGGGGUCAGGGUGGCUAUCGGAGCUUGCUCCGGGGCUUGCGGUGUGGGGGCGGGUUCAUGGGGCUGUGCCCGGGCUCGGCAAGGGUUUGUCCCCUGUCGGCGCUCCCUCGUGUUCACGCUCCUGUGCUGCUUGACUGGUAGUCAUUUUGGCUUCUGUUUUUCCUCCGCUGCUGUCGUUUGGUCCCCAGGGCUGCUACGGACAGGGCCCCCUGGGUUACCUCGGUCGAGUGGUUGUGCGUUUCGGUUCUCCUAUGCCCAUGCCUACCGUGUACUUGCCGCUGAGUACUGGUAGUGCGUCUCUUUCGUCAGCCUGUUUCGCUUCGGCGAUACGACAUGACGAUUGUUUGGGGAGGUUCCUAACGGUCCCCUCAGGGCAUUGCCUCGUCGCUGACCUGUGGAUGCGAACGGUUCAGGUCAGCUUCGGGAUGGGUAUCCGGAGUUGAGUUAGCUUCGGCUUUCUCUUGUGUAUUCGAGGGCAGUGGUUGGCGGAGGUUGUUGGGUUGUUCCUAAUCAGUCAUCCCAGAACAUUUGUGUUCCCUUGUGACAUCCUCAUUUCCUGUGCAGUAUUUUACUGCAUAUACAGGCGCCACCCUCGUUUAUCACCUCCAGGGCUACGUGCGACCCCUCCAACGCUGCGGAUGGAAGGAGGAAGUUCGGCGUGUUGGGGGUGAGGGACCCCCAACGAGGCCUACGGAUAUCAUUUGGAAUUAAGGCUCAAAUCAGCAACACAAAUUUCCGGAAACAUACCUUUUCGAUAUGGGGAGGGGGGAUUUUUCCUUUUAAUACACAACCAGCGGAACAGCACCGACGUCCAAGCAGCAGCAAAAUACAACUAAGUCGAACGUGAGCCCGUCUGACGCGAAGGAGUACAACGUCGUACCCCGAACCGGGAGCAAGAGCAAUCUAUUGGUCGUUUCCGCCACGCAAGACCACCCGCUUUGGGAGGUCCGCGACAUUUUUGCGCAGAUCCGAACCCUGUUGAAAACGAAGCACACCCCGACGCUGCAGCCGCUGUUUGUCCGGCCGACGCCACCACAGCUGCUACUGUUCUCCAGCGAGAUUCUGCGGCUCUUCCUGCAGACGCCGGGACACCUGAUUCAGACCAAAUCGCUGCAGUCGCAGCUGUACGACGACGCGGCACGGAGGAUUUUGCUCAUGGAGGCCCCGCACUUUUCGGAUUUGGACCCGAGAAUCGUGCAGAUGAACAACGGCGAGCUGUUUUUCCCGCUCGUCUCCGACAGUGUAUUGCAGCUCAUGGACCUCAACCUGUCCCUGCCACCGCAGCCAAACCACCCAUUGACGCCCAUUGUAUCGAGCCACGACGGCGAGCAAAAACCAAAAGCGGCGAUGGAGGUUGUGAUGGCGGAGAGCAGCGUUUUAGGGGACGGCAGCAUGAAUGCAGAUCCCAUUCCCAUCGGUUGGAUCGCCGAAGAGGAAAGAGAAGCGAUUGGAGUCGUACGUCUCGGCGCGGCAAAGGGUAAGGGAGAAAACGUUUUGUACCAUAAGCAGGAUUUUGAUAAUUACGACAUCUUCAGCACACCUUUCGCAGAAGAUUUAUCGGCGCAGCGGAUGACAACCCAACAAUUUUUUGAUUUUGUUUUUCAUAUGUUAGACAGUUACUCGCGGCCAAAAGAAGCGAGCAAAGGGUUGAUUUUGUUUUUCACAGGUGAGCCCGUUUCCGGGGCACCAAGAGGUGCGAAGCGUUUCGAGUUUAGCUCAGAACCGGUGAUGCGUGUCAUGCAGCAAAGCGAGGAGUGUUUGAGAUGGAACGCCGCAUUGUCGCUGUACAAGCUACUGGGAGAGCUGACCAAGAUAGAUCCGACGCACCUGCUGACUGCCGCGCAUCGUUGGGAGAACGAGGGGAAGCAGGGCAGGAUCGGCCUCGUGCGACAUCUGAUAUCCAUGUUGGAUCUGAUGUCCAUGAAAUGA